AUGGUGCUUCAGCCUAUCGCUCAGAAUGCCCAAGUCCAGCGCCUGACAACGGCCCUGAAGAAUAUAUGUCGGGACUAUCCGGCCAGUGGCACCGUCCUUCAUGAGCUGUUGCAGAAUGCCGAUGAUGCUGGUGGCACCGUCCUUCGUGAGCUGUUGCAGAAUGCCGAUGAUGCUGGUGGCACCGUCCUUCAUGAGCUGUUGCAGAAUGCCGAUGAUGCUGGUGCUACGGACAUGAUAUGUAACACAGCUUGGGAGCGCCUCAAAUUACCCAGUUGGUUAAGUUCGGAAAGCCUGUACAUUAUACCUGUCAAUCGAAUAUACACUGUCAAUGCAUAUACCCCUGUCAAUGGCAACUUAUAG